CAUAGGGGUUGGGCUUGCUUCGUUCUCCUCCCACUCGGUCGCUAACUAGUCCUUUGCUGUUCAGUGGCAGAAAUCAAUGGCGCUCUCAGAGGUUGGGUACCGUAUCUUGGUGAUUGGCCUCUAUGGGAGCACUGACGAAGCCUCCCUCGAGACUGCCUUCGCCCCUUUCGGCGAGAUGAUCGAGUGCAAGAUCAUGAGGGACAGGGAGACUGGCCUGUCCCGUUUGUUUGGCAUUGUCACCUAUUCAUCCGAGGAUUCCAUGCGCCACGCCAUCCAGAGCAUGAACGAGGGACUAGUAGACGGCGCCAAAGUCACCGUCCUCGAGGCCAAGGCCCCGUCCCACCGCUCUGGCCGCAACGGCAACGAGAGGGAAUGAAAGAUGUGGGGCCCCCUCAUAUCUGGUUAUCUUAUCUAUAUACCAUGAUAUCGCUGCCAAGUAUCCUUUGGCAUAUCAUUGCAUCGUGAAAUUUGUAUUAUUUUACUCCUAGUCAUUUCGUAAUCUGCACAAACUUUGUCCAAAAAUGUUCGGCAAAUAUACGUGCAAUCAGCGGAAACCCUAGGUCUAAUUCCUGGGAUCGGAUGGGCGAUGACUCCAUGGCCUCGUUAUAUUCCUUGAAGACAUCGUCUUUUGUGCUUACGGCAUCGAUGAUGCGUACAGAGUGCUUCUCAUGUUAAGGAGUUCAGCUGUGUUGUUUGCUUGUUCGAGCUGAGCAUCCCUUGUCUCUCUUGUCCCUCUACUUUAGGCAUUAUGUUUAGGACAUCUUGUGUUUGUGCAUAUGUUGUAUCUUGCUUAUAAUAAUUAUUCUUUCUUCUAUUAAUAAAAAGAUACAGUCUUUGUGUAUA